AUGGAGGGCGAAGAUAAGAUCGUGGAGUCCAUGCGGCGUUUCGCCAACGACGCCAAGUGCGUGGAGUAUUUGAAGACCUUCAAAGAGGACUCGGAGGAGAAGAUUGCGGCGUACCGCAAGGCGUUGGUGGUGAAGAUGCAGGAGGAUCUGACGGAGCGGGCCACCAAGCAGUUGCAAGCCAUCGCGGCUUUUGAGGCCAACAUGGGCUCAGCCAUGCAGGAUUUGGUGGUGCGGGAGGCAGCAGCGUCCUUUAAGGAGAAGUUCCCCACAGACAAGGGAAUGCAGGACAAGGCCUUCUCCGCCGCUGUGAAGGCGCUGAGCGGCGCGCAGGUGGAAGUGGCUGAGGACCCGGUGGCAAAGCACUUCGCGGACGCCUUCCAAUCGCUGCAGGGAGUCGACUUAGCGACUUCCAAAGCUGAUGCCAAGGGUACGUUGGCUGAGCGAGUGGCUUUCGCACAGCAGGCAAAGGAAAAGGAAUUCCAGGAGUCAUUUAUGGUGACAGCCAAGGAGGCUGAAGAAGUGCGAUCUCUGGCCAGCAAGGCCAAGAGCGGUCAGGACUAUGACUUCUCCAAGUUGCCGGCUGAUGCCUUGCAGCGUUUGGAAGCCCUCUAUAGCAGCAUCAACACCAAGGUGGGCUAUGCCUUGCCCGACUCCUUGGGCAUCAAAUCCAUCGCAGCCACCUCUGAUGGCAGUGCCAACUCCUAUGUGGACAAGGUGAACGCACAGUUGGAAGGCGCUGCUCUAAAGCUGAGGGAUGCACGAUUGAAGGCCUUCGUGCAAGCCUUCUGA